CGGUCAGCGAAAGUCUUCUGGUUCGCGGUUGGACAGCGGCUUGGUCCCACCGGAAGUGCCACCCUCUGGUGUCUCUCUCUCUCUCUAUCGUCACGGUGUACAUGCGGGUUUUGUGAAAGAGAACUCCGCGGUGCGCGGUGAUGAAUUCCAAUCAGUGCCGGUGAUUGGUGCGAUUAUCAGUGACCAGCGGGAGCGCCCCACCAUCCAGCACCACGGCCCCGACGUGGUGACGUGGUAGGACCAACUUUCUCUCAUUGUGUGAUCAUAACUUCCGGUGGUGUGCCUCCCGUCCACGCGGACGCCGGUUUGCACAGAAGAGGCUAAUGCGCGCAGAGUCUUCGUAAUCCAACUAGCAGAGUAAAGGAGACAGCCGGCGGCCAGAAAACUAUUGCACCAAGGCCACUUAACGGGAUUUUCCGCGAACCAUCUGAAGCGCGCCGGACGCGAUUACCGAGACAGCCUACACAAGGCGAACGGCUGUGUCCUCCCCGGUCCGCCUUGAUUGGACUUUCACGGAGUGCUCCACGGCCCCAGCGACCGGAAGGCAAGCGGCUCGUCCUUUAAAGUUCCACUGUUUUUCGGGUGGCAAAUCGUGAGAAAUGAAAGGCCGACAUCUUCGGCGGCGGUUCAGCCUGCAGCCAUCGUUCAUGAAGGAUGACUCCACCGAGGAGCGGCCAAAGCGUGAAAAACCCAUCAAGAACGAUGAAAAUUCGAUAAACUCCAACGUGCGUCACAAGAUCGUGAUGAUGGGUGCGGCCAAGGUGGGCAAAAGCUCCGUCAUCACGCAGUUCCUUUACAGCAGCUUUUCGCCGAAGUACAAGCGCACGGUCGAGGAGAUGCACCACGGCCACUUCUCGGUGAAUGGCGUAAAUCUCACACUCGACAUCCUGGACACCUCCGGAUCCUACGAGUUUCCGGCCAUGAGGGCGCUCUCCAUCUCGUCCGCCGAUGCGUUCAUCCUGGUGUACGACGUCACGGACAGCGUCACGUUCGAGGAGGUGAAAGCGAUACGUGAGCAGAUUCACGAGAUCAAAUCGACCACGGCGGUACCGAUUGUGGUCGUCGGCAACAAAACCGAUCUCAGCGACGAUGAUGAAGACCUGCGGCAGAUACCACGUGACACAACGGAAACGUUGGUAACGGUCGAUUGGGAAAACGGUUUCGUCGAAGCUUCCGCCAAACUCAACCGAAACGUAUCGCAGAUCUUCAAGGAGCUACUCCUUCAGGCGAAGAUAACGUACAACCUUAGUCCUGCGCUGCGACGCCGGAGACGCCAGUCGCUUCCACAGCAAACCAGCACCGGAAGUUCGCCGGCACCAGCAACACCCCAAGCGUCACCGAGUGUCCACGUUCCAUCCGUCGCACAGUUGCAGCACCUGCAGCAGAUUCAGGACAAAAGUUUGGGUGGAAAGCGUAAUUCGUGCAUUCUGUCGUAAUCGAACCGCUCUUGCUCGACGUUACCGGAAACUUCAUUCAACAACCGAUUGUGAGAUAGUGAGAUGGUGAAGAAUUUUUUAAACUACAUAUUGAACCUUGGAAAUAUAACUAACAUCGCGCAAUAAAUAUGAUAACGAUCGGUGUGUACUUGUCUGUUGCGACAUCAGAUUUUAUCUAACCAAAACACAAACGUAUCGCUAAUAACUGUAGCUUCUUAAGUUGUGCGAAAUGGAAACGAACUUGAAACUAACUUAAAAACUUCCUCCAUUUUUCGUUUCCUUCAAGCUGUCAAAACAAUAAGAGUCUACAGACCAUCUUUACGUGUUUUUUACACACCUUGCGAAAUCCGCUCUAAGCAAACUAAUUUUUCGAAUGACUGUAAAACAUUUUAGACUUGUGACUCGUGCUUUCUUCUUUCAUUCUCCUUUUGGUCUUUUUGUUGGCUCACUCGAAAUAUAAAAAUGUACGAAAACAAUAUGUAAAGUAUUGAAGUGGAAAAUUACGGGUAAAUAAGGGAAGGAACGAGACAUAGAGUUUUCAAAAAGCGAGUUGGCAGAGAGAGAGAAAGAGAAACAGGAAAACAGCAUAUAUUGGUUCAGCAAAACAAGUGUACAUGUGCGAGAGAUCAAUAUAACAAUAUUACGUGUGUUGCAAUAAUAAUGUACCCUUCAUAAUUGAUUUGGUUUGCGCUUUGCGUUUCGCAAUUUUUGACAUUACAUUACUUAACGAAACAUACAUAUGUUUUAUCAAAUC